AUGUCCUACUUGAAACGAAAUUCCAUUAAAGGACAAGAACAAGAGCCAAACUAUGAGGACUUUGUUCCCGAGUGUAUUAUUUGGAGCUGCAGAGAGGUAGCCGAUUGGAUCAGCAAGCUAGGAUAUCCAGAGUACACAGAAACUUUCCUAGCCAACUUUAUAAAUGGCCGUAAGUUGAUACUGAUGGACAGUAGCCAUUUCUCCCAACUUGGCAUCAUCGACUUCCAGCACAUAAAGGCGCUGUCGUUGGCUGUCAGGAAACUGCUAGGGAUAGAGGAACCUAAUGCAAACAGGAGCAUUUGCUUGCCAGAGAGACACCCGCUGUGUCUUUUCCUCCUAAGCAAAGCAAGAACCGGAGAGGAAGCUAAUAGGUUAACCUAUACAAACUUCAUAAUGGAUAACAAACUCGUACAUUCGUAG